ACAACUACAACUACGACUAAACCAUGCAGAACGAAAUUGAACAUCUCAAGAAGGGCGAGGUUAACCUCGGGACGUCCAUUAUGGCCGUUCAAUUCAAAGACGGUGUUGUAAUUGGUGCAGACAGUCGGACAACCUCUGGCAGUUACAUUGUAAAUCGCGUCACCGACAAAUUAACACACAUCCACGACCGGAUAUACUGCUGUCGAUCUGGUUCCGCCGCCGACACUCAAGCAAUCGCAGAUAUAGUCCACUAUUACAGCCAGAUGUACAACCAACAGUAUAGCGAGCGCCCUCCUGUACACUCAGUCGCAACGCUCUUCCAGAGAAUGUGCUAUAGUAACAAGGAGCAACUGAGUGCAAGUAUCAUCGUCGCUGGAUGGGACAAGGAAGUUGGACCGAGCGUGUACAACAUCCCUCUUGGAGGAGGUAUAUUCCGUCAACCUUGGGCCAUCGGAGGCUCCGGGUCUACGUACGUGUACGGAUAUUGCGAUGCGACUUACCGAGAGGGCUGGGGUCGAGACGAAACAGUCAACUUCGUUAAAAACACGCUCGCCCUCGCCAUGUCGCGAGAUGGUUCAUCUGGAGGUGUCAUUCGCAUGUGCGUGAUCACAGAAAGUGGUGUUGAGAGGCUAUUCGUCCCUGGAAACGAGCUUCCGAAGUUCUGGGAAGGCAAGGAAGUGCUUGGUGGUGCUGGUGACGUUGAACCUAUCCCAGAACCUAUGGCCGUAGAAGUGUAAUGUAGAUUCUUUUGUACCCUUUCCAAGAUAUAUUUCUACAAAAGGCAUGACCAUGA